UUUAUGCGCGCCAUUUCUAACGGCUUCUUGGCCCCAAUUUAUUUUACUCUGUUCAUCAUAUAAAUACUCUUUUCUUCUUCAUAAUUCUCCCUUCAAGAAAAAAACUUCACCGGAAAAAAAAUGGGUACAAGCGGCGGCGACUUCAUAAUAGCCUACCGUCCUGCAACCGGAAAAAUCAUCAUCGAUCCAAACACCGGCACUAAGUACAUUCUCCAAAAAGUAAUCGGAACUUGCGAUUUUGAUUUCAUCUACAAAGCUUGUUACUAUACAAUCGAAAAUGCCAUCCAGGGCCAUCUCCUUCCUUCCGGUUACGCCACCGUCAAGUACAUCCGACCCGGACAUGAAGUCCUUCGUAGCAAAAGGGCGGGACAAUCGAUCCCAAAUUCGAAUAUCAUUCACGUCGAGAAAUGGUAUAUUCAUGAAUUCAAAGAAGGAUGGUGUGUUGCAUUGCCUCAUAUGUCAGAAGGAUCGCUUCGUUACAUUCUGUCAACUCGAUUUCACUACGGAUUACCAGAGGAUUGUAUUGCUAUUGCUCUUAAACAAGCGCUUCUGGGUUUGUUCGUUCUUCAUAGUUCGGGUCGGGUUCAUAAAUGUUUCAGUGCUGGAAAUAUCUACGUUAAUUUCAAACCAAGUCCUGUUUCGAAUGUCGAAAUCAAAUUGGGAUUUGCAGCAACGAUUUACGAAUCGGAUCUUGAUACUCCUAUAUUUGUUGAACAAGGAACAAAUCAAGAAGCAAAUCUUGCUUGUGGACCUUCGGUUCCACCACUAAACUUGUUAUCAGAAUGGGCUUCUGCGCCGGAGGUAUACUAUGCAAAAUAUUAUGAUUCCGAUGAUGACAAUCUAAAUCCAGCUCAAUCACCUCUAUUUCGAGAUGAUGAUGACUACACUAUUAAAUCCGAUAUCUGGCUAGUCGGGAUAGCAGCAUUGGAAUUAGCGUAUGGAAAUUUAAGAAUAAGCAAUCGCAAAGAAUUUGAGGCUCUGAUCAAGAAGAUAAAGAGGUUGAAGAGAUUGCCAGAUAAGUUGGAACAUGUGCUUGAGGAGCUUUAUGUAGAAGAAGAGAAAGGGAAAAUGAAGAAAGUUGUGGGAUAUUUUAAGGACAAGCUAAAGGUAGUGAAAAAUAAAAAAGAAAAGAAGUUUUCGGACGAUUUUGAGGAGUUGGUAUUGGAUUGUCUUUCUAACAAACCAUCAAAGAGGCCAUCAGUUCAAAAUCUACUGCACAGACCAUUUUUUCGGAAUGCUAAGGACUUGAAAUGGUUUAAACGUCAAGUGUUACAUGCUAAGAAUCCAAUGCCCUAUUGUUGAACAAUUGAAGAAUUGGUGAUAUAAUUAGUGGAAAAUCAAGAUCAUGUAAAUAUAUUGCCCAUUCAUAGUAUUGGUUGCUAGCAAGAUUCUCUGUGACACUUUGAGAAAUGCUUUCCAGAAAAUUCUUGAUUGCUGAUGACAAGGGGCUUAUUGUUCAUAAUAUUUGAUAGAUUCUGUUUUGUGUGUCUGAAUUCUCUGUGGCUAAAACUAGUUAUUCUGUUGUUUGGGUUUAUAUGACAAUUUUUGAGUGAUGGUUUAAAGCAAGAAUUAAUCAGUUUUUAUGUUGUACUCAAUAUGGGAUUUAUGAAAAAAGUUUAUCUCCUU